AACGAUUUUUCAGUAGAAAAUUAGCAAAGCUCUUGUAAGAACGGAACUUCAAGCGGUUGUAAAAUUUGAAAUCGAAAAGUGUGAAGUCCGAAAAAUUUACAUAUCAAAGCCAUUGAGACUUUUCUGAAAAAAAAAAAAAAUUAAUUAAAGGACUUUUAUUUAACAAAGAAACGGGAACAAAAUGUCCGCAAUGGAUAAUUCCAUUCCUUUCGAGGAACUUGAACGGCGUCGCCGUAAAGCGAGUUCUGCACGAAAGUCCUCACAACCAAAGGUACCACCACCAACGGAAUCGGAAGCAAUGGCCGUGAUUAAUGAAAUUUUUAAUCCAACACUUAAAUUACCAAAAUCUACCGGACAAUAUAAACUACCGGACGAAUUCAGUGCCAAUGAUGAUGUUGCUCUAUCGGAUUUGGAUAUUAAAAAACUGGCCGAAUUAAAGGAAGUUUUUGUGCUUUUCGAUAUUGAUGGAGAUGGCCUCUUGUCAAAAAAUGAUUUGCGUUGCACUUUCUUAGCGUUGGGUACAGAUAUGUCUGAUGAGCAAUUGGAUGAUAUGCUUAAGGAGGCUAAGCAACCACUGAAUUAUGAAGCUUUUGUCGAAAUGAUAUGUAAUCGUACCCUUGAAUUAGAUCCGGAAGAUGUGCUUUUGGAAGCCUGGAGUAAAUGGGAUGAUUACGGCACCGGCAAAAUUGACGAGAAAAAAAUCUAUACGGAGCUGACAAAUUAUGGAGAUGUGAUGAGCACUAGUGAGGCUGAUGAAGCAUUAAAACAUGCGCCACUCGCUAAACCAAAAUCUCUCGAAGAACCGCCCAUGAUAGACUACCCAGCAUUCUGUCAAAUACUGUCUGGUCUGCGAAAACCUAAACAACCCAACGAGGACGCAUAGAAGAGUUUGAAUUUAAUAUUCAUUUGAGUGAAUUAGUUUGUAAUCAAUUGUAACAUAAAUGCACAUUGUUAAUAAAAGUAUUGCAUGUAAUUUGAAUAUAAAAUCUCUGACACUUCAGUAAAUAAAUCAUAAGCAUUAUAUCUAAAUCAAAUAAA